AUGACGCCUCUGUUGACUCUCCAUGGCCGUCGUCUCAUCGUCCAUGCUGAUUGUCCUAUCUUUCUAGGCUCCGCUGCCUGUGUUCACUGCCAUCGGCGCAAGGUCCGAUGCGAUGCCCGCAUUGUCGGUCUCCCGUGCUCCAAUUGUCGCUCCUCCGGGAAAUUAGACUGCCGCAUCCACGAGAAAAAAAAGCGUCUGGCGGUCCGCUCGAUCCUCGAUCCAGUUCCCAUCCGUUGUCGACCGAUCCCCAGCUCCGAAUCGGUCACUGAAGCGUCCCCCGCAUCAGCCGGCGAGCCUAGCGCUUUCACCACUGCUUUCUGCGGAAUACAGCCCGAAGAAUCAACAUCCCCAACGAACAACAACCCGGCGGCUGAACACAGCCGACACAAUCACAAUGGCACAACCCACCAUAACAGCCCCCCGCAGGCACAGGAACAUCACCGCCCGCCUGCUUCAGAAGGCUCUGUCGAACAGGACGCCCACACCGACUUGGAAAAACGCUUGGUGAGAUUGAUUGAUGACGAGGAAGGGUCAGGCAGCCGGGAAAUUCAGCGCGGUAUACGGGCAAUUUAUGUUGGUCAUGAGCUCUCGAACAUGUCCUUCUUAAUUCGUCAACAGCGAGACAAAGAUGACGACGUAUACCAUUUCGCUGGCAACGAGAUUCCCCGACGACAGUUGAAAACAGGCCAUGACCAGCUCCUUGUGGAUGCACUCACAUUACCGGAGUCGACUCUUGCCGAUGAGCUUGUCCAGGCUUACUUCACCCAUGUGAACCCGGGAUAUCCCAUCGUCGAAGAGGACCUUUUUAUGACUCAAUAUCGCAAUCGGGAUCCGUCUGAUCCCCCACCUAUCCUAUUGCUGCAAGCCAUCUUACUUGUAGGUUGUCACAUUACGCAUCCAAAGCCAGAGCGUGACGCUCUCAAAGAAGUCUUCUUCCGCCGCGCCAAGUGGCUGUUCGACAAUCGAAUUGAGCGCAAUCGCGAUAUUUUGGUUCAAGCCGCAUUGCUGAUGACCUGGCACUCAGAUAGUGCCGAUGAUGAUGUGGCUGCCAAUGCCCACUACUGGGUUGGUGUAGCUGGUCGUAUUGCGACGGGCCUUGGUAUGCAUCGGAAUCCAGUCUCGAGCAGAUUCGUGCCCAGAGAUCGCCGUAUGUGGAGGAGAUUGUGGUAUAUCCUGGUUCAGUUCGAUGUCAUGGUCUCUCUUUCGUAUGGUCGACCUCAGGCUAUAAAUCUUGAGGAUUCCGACGUGUCCCCUCUGACAGCUUCGGAUUUUGAGGGCUGUGGGCCUCGAGUUCAGACCGACUUUGUUAUCCAUUUCUCGGAGCUCUGCACCAUGAUAUCCUACAUUGUGCGCGAGCGAUUUGGUUUACGAGUCAGCACGGAACGUCGCAAAGCCGUCUUGCAAGAAGCUGAUGAAGCCCUUGCAAACUGGUCUUUGAGGCUUCCCGAUGAUCUGCGACUGCGUGCCUCGGAUAUGGACCCCUGGUCUGCCAUGCUUCACCUGACCUACAAUAAUUUUCUCAUUCUGCUCCAUCGGCCCCAUCCUAGGGCAUCUGCAUACUCCGACGACUACGGCCCACAUGAUGCUGAGAUCUGCAGCGCAGCGGCCGGGGUAAUCGCAUCAAUCUUUGAAGAACUCCGGCUUAACAAUCGCCUAAAGUACCUGUGGUACUCCGGUGUCCACACCCUCUUCACGGCCAUGAUCCAAGUUCGCGUCGAACUACGAUUCUCCAAUCCAGUUCUAGCCAUCAACGCCCUGCGACGUUUUGAUUCCGCAUCCUACUCCCUGCAAGAACUCGCCAAAUACUGGUCCCACGCCAGCACCAUCUUGCGCUUGUUCGAAGACUCCAAGCGCCUACAAGAAGACCUCCGUCUAGCCACCAGCGAACGGCCCCGACGAUUCAGCAUUACCCACGAUCAGAACCAAACCCAUAUCAAGAACCGACCCGUCUCUAACACCACGCCAACAGCCCUACAACCCUCACAACCAGACCGACACCUCCCUUCCUACGAGGUCCCAACCCCCGAUUCUAGCCAGCUCCCCCCAACUACAACAACCGUCUCCCCACACCAGAACCAGCCCUUCGAUAACUGGAUUCCCUCUACCAACCUCGCCUCAGUAGACCCAAUGGAUCAACCCAGGGAGUUCCUGGACUGGCGCCAACUCUUCUCCUUCACCGAUCCCGAUCAGUCUGUUCUCCCAGUGGCCAUGGACGGCCUCACGGAACUGGAGGACGAAUGGCGUCAGAUCUACUGGCAGGAAACGCCCAUGUCGGAUCUCCUCCAGGAUGGAGGUUGGAUGCAUGGCUAG